AUGCCUGGUCGACCUAUUGAGAUUCUCACCAGGUCUUUUGAUGAGACUUCGGAGCAUAUUCCAACAUAUACUGGAUCGCCCUGGCAAUUGUUUACCUCUGAUCUUCGCCUCUUUUUUCGCAACAUUCUGUAUCUGCCCUUCAUAUUUCUACCUUUGACCCCUUGGGCAUCGGGUCCAUUAUGUGAACUUUAUCCAUCUCUGCCGAAUAUCUUAGAUAUUCUUCUUCAUUGCGUACUUUUUGUGCUGCAGAUUGCGUUCUUGGUUUCCUUGCUCUUUUCACUUUACCUCCCAGUCUUAGUUUUCUUUUCUUAUAUUUCAAUAUUCCUCGUUGUGAACUAUAUCAUAUGCGAAUUUUUGAAUCGAGGUAUCCCUAAAGAAGGUCUCAAAUCAACCAAUGAUGAACAGUCAAGAGGUUGGGCAAGAUACGAUGAUGAGUACUGGAUUUUUCUGAACGGGAUCUGUGUUGGAAAAAACUGGCUACAGAAUAAUGUCGAUCGUCUUGCUCGAACGUUUCAUCGUCCCAUUGUGGGUGUUCAUAACAAGACAAGUUCUGGUGUCGUCUUCGAUAUCAUUCAGUGUCUUAUUCAAAGAUCUAUGCUAUAUGCAACUUCAGAUGUUCGCGAAUGCUACGCACUGGUCAAAAAGGCUCUCUACCGCAAAGGGGUUAAAAAAGUAGUUUUCAUCCUCCACUCUCAGGGUGGUAUAGAGGGUGGAAUGAUCUUGGACUGGCUUCUCAACGAAGUUCCUCAGGACCUCUUGCAAUACCUUGAGAUAUACACAUUUGGCUCCAUAGCCAACCAUUUUAACAAUCCAUAUCGACAAGUCAUCUCGCACGGUGUGAACUCUGAGUCGACAGAAAAUAUGAUACAGAUAACGCCAGGACACGACCGUGCAAUUCGGCAUAUAGAGCAUUAUGCGAACAGAUACGACUUUGCGAGCCGAUUUGGAGUGCUUAACUUUACGAAGAAGGCACCCGAAAAUCACCUCGAGAACCGCUUUAUGGGUAAGGUAUUCGUGAAUCCAAGGUCAGGACAUCAGUUAAACCAACACUAUCUUGACACGAUAUUUCCUCUUGAUAAAACCAACAGUUUUACGAGAGACCCUCGAGAAGGUGAUUUUAUGGAUUUGAAUGCGGUUUUGAAGGAGCCUGGUCAAUACGAAACGAAAGCAGAAUCAAGGGUACCGCACCUUAUUCUCAACAACCUUGAUUCAGACCAAAAGGAGACGCAGAUACUCAAUUUUAGCCCAGUGUUGACAUCACGUGUGAAUACAGAAUGGGAAGGGGAUAUAGGUAUCAACGGGGCGGAUCUACAGGCCAAGUUGAAAACUCGCGAUCUUAGUAGGCUAUGGCAGUAUCGAAACGGGGGUCGGCCCCGGUUCUCGUGUUAA